AUGUCUGGAACUUCCAACGUCGGUAACAGCGCGGUGUACGAGUCUCAGGACCAAGUCACCCGCUCUGACGCCGAGAUCCAGCAGGAGAAGAAGGAGAACCGCUUCCACGAGGGCAAGGAAAACUCUCACAAGGCACAAGACUCCAAGGACGAGCGAUCCAUCGCCAACAAGCUCGAGCGCGAGGAGAAGCGUGAGCAGGAGGGCGAGGAGAAGUCUCUUGAGGACCGUCAGCGCGAGCAAGAUGCCACCCUUCCCGCACGCGCACACGGCAACGAGCCCUCCAAGGGAGCCAAGAUCGACCAGGAGUUGAGGGAAGAGGACGAGGCCAUGCUCAAGAAGAAGGGCGCCAACUAA